CUUUUUCCCCAUCACUUCCGGGCUGAUAACCAAGGGCCAUUACAUGCCCGCAGAUUUCCACUAAAAUCUCUUAGUUUGAUGUAUACAUUGGCACCAUUGAUUUGAUGUUUGGGCGUGACAUGAUGACAAAAGCCAGCAAAUGAUUUUGGUGUAUUGACGAAAUUAUUCCAAGAGCCGCGAGAAUAGCGGGCGAGAAAGAGCACACCUGUAAUGCCGGGCUGAUGAUGGUGAUGCUAACGUCGAUAGCAUUUGAUAGGCGCUGUCUUGCGUCCCUCCACCUGUCUGGCAGUGUUAAAGUAACCUGACUCUUCUACCGAGCAGCGUCUGUUAGUCCAAGCAGAUCCACCAAAGGGACCACCAGUGCAUGACAAGGAACACAACCAGUCUCCAAAAGAAGUAUCUGGGUGUGUCCCUCACCCUUCCUGCCCUGCCCACCUCAACUGACUCCACCCCCUGACCCUUGAACCCUGACCUGCAAGAUGAAACUGAAAGAGGACAUGAACCCGCUGCUGCUGCAAGUCUUCCGCUCAGUGGUCUGGGUCUGCUCUUUCAUUACCUUCCUGCCAUGGUACUUCCUCUCGGGUGCCGGCACCAACCUAGACCGGGCACGGCGGGUCAAGGCGCGGUCGGUGAGUGGGCGUCCAGCGGGCCCUUACCGGGCGACCAACCGGGCAGGCGGUAUCCAUCAGAAGCUGGUGUGGUCCUUGCACCUGGGGGUGGACACCCUGGACAAGGUGAUGGUGCACGGGGCGACCAGGUUCCCAGAGAGGGACUGCCUGGGCACCAGAGAGGUGUUGAACGAGGAGGACGAGCUCCAACCCAAUGGGAAGGUCUUCAAGAAGGUUAUCCUAGGGGAGUAUCAGUGGAUGUCGUACGAGGAGACCUACCAGGCAGCAGUGUGUUUUGGCAGUGGUCUGGCUGCGCUGGGCCAGAGGCCUCAGUGUAACAUCGCCAUUUUCUGUGAGACCAGGGCUGAGUGGAUGAUAGCAGCACAGGCCUGCUUCAUAUACAACUUUCCAUUGGUGACGUUGUACUCUACUCUGGGCGGAGCGGCCAUCGCCCACGGUCUCAAUGAAACAGAGAUCACCCACAUCAUCACCAGCAAAGACCUGCUACACAGCCGUCUCAAGGCGAUCCUGUUAGAGGUGCCUCGGCUGCAGCACAUUAUCGUGGUGGACAGUAAGCCAACGAGCUGGCCUGGCUUCCCCCGCGGCAUCAUGGUCCACAACUUGGUCGCCGUGCAGGAGCUGGGCUCUCGACCCGACAACAUGGCGGUGGCACGCCGGCAGCCCCUGCCCUCUGACAUCGCUGUCAUCAUGUACACCAGCGGCUCCACCGGCAUCCCCAAGGGUGUGAUGAUCUCCCAUAGCAACAUCAUCGCGGGCAUCACCGGCAUGGCAGAGCGCAUCCCAGACCUGGAUGAGACAGACACCUACAUUGGGUACCUACCGCUGGCUCAUGUUCUGGAGCUCAGUGCAGAGAUGGUGUGUAUCUCUCACGGCUGCCGCAUCGGAUACUCCUCCCCACAGACGCUAGCAGAUCAGUCGACAAAGAUUAAGAAGGGCAGUAAAGGAGACACCAGUGUUCUGAAGCCUACACUCAUGGCUGCUGUACCUGAAAUCAUGGAUCGCAUCUAUAAGAAUGUGAUGACCAAGGUGGAGGAGAUGAGCAGUGUGCAGAGAACCCUGUUUGUGUUGGCCUACAACUAUAAGAUGGAACAGAUGACCAAGGGCUACAGGACCCCGCUCUGUGACAGUCUGGUGUUUAGGAAGGUGCGCUCAUUGUUAGGAGGUCACAUGCGGGUGCUGUUGUCGGGCGGCGCGCCCCUUUCUGCCGCCACACAGCGCUUCAUGAACAUCUGCCUCUGCUGUCCCGUGGGCCAGGGCUACGGCCUCACUGAGACCUGCGGAGCUGGCACCAUCAGUGAGAUGUGGGACUACAGCACAGGCCGGGUCGGAGCUCCUCUGGUCUGCUCUGAGAUCACCCUCAAGGACUGGGAAGAGGGCGGUUACUACAGCACAGACAAGCCCAACCCAAGAGGUGAGAUUGUGAUCGGCGGGCCCAAUGUGACCAUGGGUUACUACAAGAACGAGGUGAAGAACCGCGAGGACUUCUUCGUGGACAGCAACGGCCAGCGCUGGUUCUGUACGGGAGACAUCGGGGAGCUCCACCCUGACGGCUGCCUCAAGAUCAUCGACCGUAAGAAGGACCUGGUGAAGCUCCAAGCUGGGGAGUAUGUGUCUCUGGGGAAGGUGGAGGCCAUGCUGAAGAACUGCCCUUUCGUAGACAACAUCUGUGCUUACGCAAACAGUGACCAGUCAUAUGUGAUUGGCUUUGUGGUGCCCAAUCAAAAGCAGCUGACAGUGCUGGCGGAGCAGAGAGGGUUACGGGGCAGCUGGGAGGAGAUCUGUAACAACCCUGACAUGGAAAGAGACGUCCUCCGCAUUAUCACCGAGGCCGCCCUGUCAGCCAAACUUGAGCGCUUUGAGAUCCCUAAGAAGAUCCGUCUUAGUGCAGAGCCCUGGACCCCAGAGACUGGCCUGGUUACGGACGCAUUCAAACUCAAACGUAAGGAGCUCAAAUCACAUUACCAGGAUGAUAUCGAAAGGAUGUACGGUGGCAAGUAACACACACACACUCUCUAAGACACACACAGGUAAAGACAUAUGCAAGGAAUCUAACAAACACUACCACGAUGACAUGGAGACUGGAGAGGAUGUACGGUGGCAAGUUAAACACACACACACACUCUAAGACACACACAGGUAAAGACAUAUGCAAGGAAUCUAACAAACACUACCACGAUGACAUGGAGACUGGAGAGGAUGUACGGCGGCAAGUUAAACACACACACACACAGAGGGAGAGAGGAGGAACGACCCAUUGUACUUCCUCAACCUCUUGACUUCCCUUCCGACUAGUUACAAUCAAACGGAAAAUAACUCUGGAAAAUAACUGUCAGUCAAUCCAGACCCCCAACAAAGACGGAGAGGCCAAGCCAGUUGGAGUGACAUCCGUUGCUUCUCCAAAGGUUUUUCUGGGUCUUUGUGUUGUUAUGAUGACGAUGGCAUCGUUGACAUGACCCGGCGAAGACACAGGAAAUGACAAGUUUGUACAAAAGACUGCUUCGGGCACUAUGUCCCCCCCCCCCGGCAUGUGUGUAGUCCAGACACCCGAUGGGAGACUGGUUUGUUGUUUUGUUACUGUGGCCUGAGUCGUGUUCGGAAGAAAACUGACAAAUGGAACGACUACCUAAACUUGUCCAAUAAGAAACACUUGUUUUCUGUUGCAAAAUGUUUUGUUACAGUAAACACCAAUGAAUAUGACCCUGAAAAAGGAGGCCCUUCGAUUUAAAUGUCCCAUAUCCAGGUUUGAGUCUAUGCAGGGAUCUCUUUUCUUGUAUAUGUUUUUUUUGGGUGUAGUGAUAUUUGUUGUUCUGUUCAUGUUUCAUUACGGUUCUUUAACUUAUACGGUUUGUCUUCAUUCGCUUCCGAAGCCCAUUCAAUGAACAUCCUGUGUCUGAGAGAAAUCAAGUGAUUCAAAGCCAUGAAAGAUUUUUUUAAAGCAACUCGCGUUCUUAAUUUGCUUUUCUUAUAUUUUUCUGAACGGUUUGUUUCUCAUUUAUAUUGUUUUUUUUCUCCUGGUUCUAUUCUAUUUCUCUAUCGGUUCUAUUCUAUGGAAGAGUAUGUGUUUAGUGAUUUGACUAGAUGAAGUCCUGUCACUCUUUUUUUCUGUGUGUUAGUGAUGCAAUCUCCUUCUGGCUCUGUUCCUCUGUGGCUGGCUGAUGUGAUGUGCCUAGGUUGGCUCGUAGAACCUGUUUGUCAUAAAUAAUCAGUGUUGGGGAAAUUACUCUGAAAAUAUAGUUUACCAAGUUACCAAUUACUUCAUACUGGAAGAAGUUAGGAUACACUAAAGCUACCCUUCAGAAAACUAUAUUCUACCUAACUGAAAUAGUUAACUGCAUAUCUAAAUCUGAAAUGUCAGUGACUACAAAUGGCAAGACAGAUCACUCUGGAGUCAGAUGUUAACAGAAUGUGUAAAUUAGCCUAUUAAAAACAAAAACUGUUUCAAGGGAUAAUUAGGCAGAUCUGAUGCUGAAAAAGAAAAUGAUUUUCUACUUCCACCAUACUACAUUUUUUGUGAAAAUAAAUGAUGUAGCCUAGUUCCAGUAGUUAGCUACACCACUACAUGGCAAAAAAGUAAUGAACUACUGAAAACACUACCUACAUUUGAAUUUAGUUCACCACUAAGCUACUGCAAAAUGCUGUUAAAUUACUAGCUACAUGUAGUUCACUUCUCCCAGACUCUAUGAAUAAUGUAGUCUGAUCCUCUGACUAUUAUUGGGAUGCAUGAGUUAACCAGAGCAAGAAGAACUGAUCUGGGACCAGGUUCGUAAUGAUGGUGAAGUGUCCAUGGUGGCUUCAGGGAAGUAGAAUGAAGUUGCCCCCAAAGCUAAGUUUUUCUUGUCUCCCCUUUGGUUGUGGUUAGGUUGUGGAGAGGAUAAGCUGAUCCUUGAUCUGUGCCUAAGGGCAACUUGUCAUCAUGGGCUGUCAAUCCUACUGAGGCUCUUAUUUCUAUCACUUAACCAGCAGGGGCCAGUAUGUAUAUAUAUAUAUAUAUAUAUAUAUACAGUUGAAGUCGGAAGUUUACAUACACCUUAGCUAAAUACCUUUGAA